GGAGGAUGUUACUCAUGCCGGCUGGGCUUAAGGAUACACUUAACAAUUAGUCAGUUAUUUCUGUUUAUGUCACCAUAGCCUACCGAUACCCAAGAGCAAUAACAACCAGAAGUGGACUGGACUGGUAGCCUACAUGUCGGAAGGUGACAGGCUUUAGGUCAGAGAUGGAAGUGUUUAGGAGGUCAUUGCCUGAGCCGAUGUCCAGAAGAGACUCUGUAUCAGUCGGAUGUUCUCCAUCCCAGAAUCUUCAGAUGUCAACGCCUCGAUCUCUCCCUCUGACCAUCAGAAACACACACAGUUUCCGACCUAAAGGGGAAUUUCGAGCAUUUUCUGCACCUUUGAUUCCCAAUCCGUUCCCAGAGCUCUGCAGUCCAACACACUCUCCAGUGCUGACCGGAUCUCUCGGCGGGAGUGAUCCACCCUCUGACAGCAGCACACAUGUGGUUCGAGUGUUUGGAGACAGUACGCACAGUCGUUCAGUCUUAGUGUCAUUGGGGACGACAGCACACGAUGUGUGUCAUAUGCUGGCACAGGCCGCCCACUGUACAGACAAGGAGAACUGGGCUCUCAUAGAGCAUCAUUCUGCUCUGGGUCUGGAGCGCUGUUUGGAAGAUCACGAGCUUGUGGUGCAGAUACAGUCAUCCUGGCCAGUAGAGGGCGACACAAAGCUGAUGUUCCGCAAAUCUUACGCCAAGUACGAAUUUUUCAAAAAACCCGUGCUAUUUUUCCCAGAGCACAUGAUCUCUGAUAGUGCUGAUGUCAAUAAAGGAAUGACGUCAUCAGAGCUUGUGCAGAACAUGAUAAAGAGUGGAUCAUGUCCAGAGAUCCAAGGCUAUCUCCAUGUGAGAGAGGGUGGAAAGAAAUCUUGGAAGAAGCUUUACUACUACUUACGACGAUCUGGACUUUACUGCUCCACCAAAGGACAAUCAAAGGAGCCUCGGCACCUUCAGUUCAUCGCAGAUCUGGAGGAUUUGAAUGUGUUUACAGUGUUCAAUGGGCGUAAACUUUAUGGAGCACCAGGCGAGCAUGUCUUCUGUGUUAAGGCCUCAAAAGACAGGUUUCGCUCUCAGGAUUUGAAGCUGAUGUGCGCUGACACUGAACAGAGUCGAACAUGCUGGAUCACGGCCUUUAGACUGUUUAAGCAUGGGAAACAACUCCAGUGUAAUUAUCAGCUCGCCCAUUCCAGUCCCAGACUUCCAAAACAAUCACAGCAGGAAUCCAAGUUUACAGACCGGGAGGAGUCGAUGGUUGCCAUGGAUUUUUCGGGGAAGAGCGGUGGGCGAGUGAUUCAGAACCCACAUGAGGCGCAGAAUGCCGAGCAGGAGGAGGGACGCUACUGGAGGAAAAAAGAGGCAUUACGCUACAGUUUACCCAACAACAAUCAUGGAUUACAAUUUCCCACUGUUCAUCGGAUUCAGCCGUGGUUCCAUGGGGGCGUGUCUCGCACUGAAGCUCAAAGGCUAUUGGAGGAGCAGGGUCAGGUGGACGGGAUGUUUUUGAUUCGUGACAGUCAGUUGCACGCACAGUGCUUUGUGUUGUCCAUGUGUUAUAAGCUGAAGACGAAACACUACCUCAUUAUUCCUUUAGAGCAGAUGGGAAGGCAUUACUACACUAUGGACGAUGGCGUAACGCUGUUCACAGAUCUUCUUCAGUUGGUGGAGUUUCACCAGAUCAACCGUGGUAUCUUACCCGUUUGUCUCAAACACCCUUGCACUUGCAUUGUACUCUAAAUCUUCAACUUUGUCCUUGAACGCUGUCCCCUAAGUGACCCAGUGCCAGUGUCUGGACCUUCAAAGUUCUCAGUUUUGUGGAUGUCAGGACAUCCCACCGUUUUCCACAACCCAGAAUUGCAAAUAAGCCGGCCUUAUAUGUCAGUGCAUCCAAACGUUCACUUGUAUCAAACUUUAAAAGUUGUAUAGGCCUUUAAUAAUUCCAACUAAAAAUACACAAACUGUUUGUAUUAGUCAUUCUUCUAUCCAGAUAACUUUUUCUUUUUUUUGCACAGGUGUACAGAAAUGUUCUACCAUUCCUUUCUCAACCACUAGGUGGCACACUAAUGCUUUGAAUAUUAUCAUAGAUAUUAUCAGGUCUGUUUCCCUAGAAUUCCUCUAUGUCAGUAAAUGAUUUAUGUCAUAUGGGAAUAAAUUAAUGGGCCUAAGAAGUUCUAGAAAAUGUAGAACAAAUAUUAUAUAACGUAUUGAUUUAUGGCAGCUUAAUAUUACAGAUGAUUACCAUAAUGCAAGCUGGUUUACAUUUGUUUGGUACUGUUUUUCCAUUAAGUUUAUUACAUUUUGUAAGUGUUUCUUGUGCCUUGCAAUAUUUAUCAGCUGUGUUUGUUUAGUUUGCGUGUAAUGGAAACUUCUCUAUAUUGUUUAUUGCUGUGAGUAAAUGGAGAAUAUAUGUAUUUCAGUAGGUUUAAUUGUGUCUUAACGGGUGUUUACUAGAAGUUAACUAAAUAUGACGAAACCUCCCUUUGGGGAUAUUUGGAAAAAGCGGUUCAUUCAGAAAUAAAUGAAAUGUUUUAUUAAAUUCUCAAA